AUGGUGGUAGCUGUGAUCACAUUAUUUGCGUCAACACUCGAUUUGAUGGCAGAUUUCCUCCUAUGCAGUAGGAUUGCAGAAUUCCUGGCGAACUUCCACAGUGAGACCGCUGUACAGGCUGCUUAUGGAUACUUCUUUUUCACGGGCGUUUCCGUAUUUGUGUAUAUUUUCGAGAUGGUUGAUGUAUGCCAGACGCUGAAAUACGAAGAAGAAAACGUGUUUUACGCUAGACUAGCCAAAAGUCUUGUGCUUGCUCUCGAAGAGGUGCCUUUGCCAUCACUUCUCAACAUUCUGUUCACAAAUGAACCACGACUUUCUCUAGCAGGACCAGUGUAUUUCAGCUCAUGGAUCAAACUUGUCGCAUUAUUGUGGGGUUUAGUGAAAUUCACAAAGCUGCGCUUUUUCUGGCCAUGUCUUCCACUUAAUCCGAAGCAUAACGUAAGAGAAAACGUUCGACGUUGCUUCACAUUCAACCUCUACCGAUGCACAAUGAUCGUCGUGAACAUCUGUCAUUUGACGGCAAUUUUCAUUGUCAUCAAGAAUAUUAUUGCCAGUAAAGAUGGUGGACGUGCGAUAGUCGUCAGAAAUGAAACGGCUUAA